CAAGGAGCUGCGGGUGCGGCGGCGGACCCGGCAGGAGAGGAGCUUAACCAGAACAGGCCCCGCCAGUCCCGCGGCCGUUCGUCCCGCCCAGUCGGUGUCCCAGCCUCGGCAGAAGGUGUGGCCGCCCUGCCGCGCCCGGGGCCGCCGCGAUGCCGUUCCUGCACGGCUUCCGGAGGAUCAUCUUCGAGUACCAGCCGCUGGUGGAUGCGAUUCUGAGCUCCCUGGGGAUCCAGGACCCGGAGCGGCAGGAGCCCCUGGACGGGCCCAGUUACGUCGCCAGCGAGGAGGGCCGACUGCUUGUUCUCACUGAGCUUCUGGAGAGAAAGGCCCACUCUCCCUUCUACCAGGAAGGCGUGAGCAAUGCCCUGCUGAAGAUGGCCGAGCUGGGGCUGACCCAGGCGGCCGAUGUCCUCCUGCGGCACGGGGCCAACCUCAACUUUGAAGACCCGGUCACCUACUACACGGCGCUGCACAUCGCUGUCCUGCGCAACCAGCCCGACAUGGUGGAGCUGCUGGUGCGCCACGGGGCCGACAUCAACCGGAGGGACCGGAUCCAUGAGAGCAGCCCCCUGGACCUGGCCAGUGAGGAGCCGGAGCGCCUGCCCUGCCUGCAGCGCCUCCUGGAACUUGGGGCAGACGUCAACGCAGCCGACAAGCAUGGAAAGACUGCUCUGCUCCACGCACUGGCCAGCAGCGACGGGGUGCAGAUCCACAACACCGAGAACAUCCGCCUGCUGCUGGAAGGAGGGGCCGACAUCAAGGCGACCACCAAAGACGGGGACACCGUGUUCACCUGCAUCAUCUUCCUGCUCGGUGAGACGGUGGGCGGGGACAAAGAGGAGGCCCAGAUGAUCAACCGCUUCUGCUUCCAAGUCACGCAGCUGCUGCUGGCCCACGGGGCCGACCCCAGCGAGUGCCCGGCCCACGAGUCCCUCACCCACAUCUGCCUCAAGAGCUUCAAGGCGCACCUGCCGCUGCUGCGCUUCCUGCUGGAGUCCGGGGCCGCCUACAACUGCUCCCUGCAUGGCGCGUCCUGCUGGUCCGGCUUCCACGUCGUCUUCGACCGGCUCUGCUCCCACCCCGGCUGCGCCGAGGACGAGAGCCACGCGGACCUCCUGCGCAAGGCCGAGACCGUCCUGGACCUCAUGGUGACCAAUUCCCAAAAGCUCCAGCUGCCCGAGAACUUCGACAUCCAUCCUGUGGGCAGCCUGGCGGAGAAGAUCCAGGCCCUUCACUUCUCCCUGAGGCAGCUGGACAGCUACCCCCCGCCCCUCAAGCACCUGUGCCGCGUGUACAUCCGGCUCUACCUCCAGCCGUGGCCCGUGGACGCGAAGGUCAGAGCCCUCCCGCUGCCUGACAGGCUCAAGUGGUACCUCCUCAGCGAGCACAGCAGCCCGGCCGAAGAGGACAUGUGACCACGCCCGGGCUGCAGGGGACAGGGCCCGGGCCCUCCGUCAGCCCGCCGGUGGACCCCAGUACCUGUGGCGGCCUCAGAGGGAACCUGCGGUCCUGCCUGGCCAGGAGGUGCAGGCUGGAAAGGAGACUUGACCCUCGGUGCAGAGAGCGCCAGGCAGAGCCCGGCCGCUGCGGGCACCCCGGUGGGGAAAGGCUGCACGUCUGUCAGGGGGACUGACCCCUUCCCUGGGCAGCCCCCACCCAGGUUCUCAGGUCGCAUUGGCCGAAAUAACUGGGUGCGGGUCUGGGCCGCGUUUGAAGGGACUGCUGGACAUUCCCAGAAGCGGGGGAGCCCUGAGCCCAGGUCCUCGGCUGAGAGCUACAUGGGGACAGAGCUGAAGCCUGAAGGAAGCUGGGGGGCCACCCAGCAGAGGUCCUGCCCUGCACAGAAGUGCAUCGGUGGGCUGGGGAGAGCCGAGUGGCCUGCAGCUCUGGGGCCUGGACACCUGGGGCCCCGCCCACCCAGGCUUGGGGCUGCACUCCGUGCCAAACCCAGGGUCUUGGGGACCACGCCUUCUGCUCCAGAAGCAAUCAUGUGUGACCAGGGACAGCCCUUUCCAGACUGUCCCGUCUGGCGGAGAAAGCGACCAGGAUGGAAAGCCAGCCGUGCCGCCCAGUGCGGAGUCCCCAUGAAGCUCUCUCGGUCCUGGUGGUUACGAAUUGUGCAAACGCCUUGGAAGUGAGCUGAGGCAACUAAAUAACAUAUUUAUAUUACCAAAUCAAA